AUGCAGGAGAUUUCACCACUCACAUCGGGGAGGCUUUCACAUAGCAGCGGGCCUCUCAAUUGUCUCACCGAGGAAACCGAGUCGCCUCCCGUUUCACCCUCCGACGAAUACGAGGACGUCGUUAAGUAUUUACGAGCAAACAACACCCUGCAACCCCUGUUCACCGGCACCCCGCGAGCCGGCUUCUCCGGUGGCGCCAACACCCCGGGCGGAAAGACAGUUGGGAGGUGGCUGAAGGAGUGUAGGGAGAAGAAAAAAGAGGAAACCAGAACCCACAACGCCCAGCUCCACGCUGCUGUCUCUGUCGCCGCCGUUGCUGCCGCCAUCGCGGCCGCGACCGCCGCCUUGUCCUCCAGCGGCAAGGACGAGCAGACGGCAAAGACGAACACUGCAGUCGCCUCCGCCGCCACCCUGGUGGCGGCCCAGUGCGUGGAGGCUGCCGAGGCAAUGGGGGCCGAACGCGACCGCCUGAUCGCCGUCAUCAACUCGGCGGUCAACAGAGACAUAUCGACCCUGACCGCAGCUGCCGCCACAGCUCUGCGAGGCGUGGCGACGUUGAAGGCUCGAGCCCUGAAAGAAGUGUGGAACGUGGCGGCGGCUGUGGCUUUGCCUAUAGAGAUGAGUUUAGGCAAUAACAGUAACAGUACCAGUAACUCGAGCAGCAAUAGCUACUGCGAGGAAGAGAAUUUCCUUGUUUCUUGCAAUCAAGAGAUGCUUGCUCGAGGCACUCAUCUUCUCAAACGAACUCGCAAAGGAGAUCUUCACUGGAUAAUUGUAUCCGUUUACAUCCACCGCAGCGGGAAUGUGAUGCUGGAGAUGAAGAGCAGGCACGUGGGAAACACAUUUACCAAGAAGAAGAAGAAUGUGGUGGUGGAUGUUGUGAAAGACAUGGCGGCGUGGCCGGGGAGGCACUUGUUCGAGGACGUGGAGCAGAGGUGGUACUUUGGGCUGAAGACGGAAGGGCGGGGGUUGGUGGAGUUCGAGUGCAGGAAUGCUAGAGAGUACGAGAUGUGGACACAGGGCGUGCCGAGGCUUCUCUCCAUGGUUGCUCACAACAAUACAAAGCGUUAUAUAUGGGUUAAGAUUAAUGUUGGCUAGCUACCAUGACUGCAUAAUGCCACUCUUUUGUGUAUUAUUAUAAAUGUGCCUAUUUAGCAUGCAUGUUUCAAUCUUCUCUUCUAGGAAGAAUUAGACUACGAGGUUGUUAGUGUUCUAAGUCGAAGGUACUAUUGUCUU